AGUUCAAAAAAACAGGGUCCAACUUGAACCCCACCCCGUGACCUUGAUUGACAACUAAAGGUUAUUUUGGCAACAAUCCAACAAUGAAUUUGAAUGGAUAUCAGGAUUCAGGAGAACUCGUUGUUAAGAGUUAAGACCAUAACAGUCUGUAUUUUCAAAAAAAAAAAAAAAAAAAAAAGAAUUAUUUUCAAAAAUCCAGUUGAUAUGGUAGACUUUCCAUCACUCUUUUAAGUCUUUCGUGGUCAUGUUUGUUGUUAUUGACUGAAUUUUCUUCAAUCUUUAAAUUCUUGGUCUCAAUUCCAAAUUGCUUCAACGAAACAAAGCAAUCCCAAAAAUGGGGAGAACCAAAAAGCCAGUCAAAUACGCUGUGAUUGAUGCAUUUACUGAUUCAGAGUUUAAGGGUAAUCCUGCUGCUGUUUGUUUACUAGAAGAGGAAAGAGAAAGUGAAUGGCUUCAAUCAAUUGCUGCUGAAUUCAAUAUUUCUGAAACUAGUUAUCUUAUUCCUCUUCCUGUUUCUGAUUCCCCACAUCCCAGAUUUUAUCUCCGUUGGUUUACUCCUGUUACUGAGGUGGAACUCUGUGGCCACGCAACCUUAGCAGCCGCGCACUUUUGUUUCACAUCCGGUUUGGUAAAGGAGAAUACAGUAGAAUUUUCAACACUGUCUGGAAUCUUGACAGCCCAGAAAGUGAUUGAAUCAAAAGAGUCUGCCUCACUUAUGUGUGAUAAAGGUGAAGUGGAACAACAAUUCUUGAUUGAAUUAAAUUUCCCCGCUAUUGCAACAUCUGAAUGCAAUUUGAAUGAGACCUCGUCUAUAUCAAAAGUAUUAAGCCCUGCUUCUGUGAUCGACAUGAAGAAGACUGCUUCAGAUGAUCUCUUUGUCGUCUUGCCAUCUGCAAAAACUGUUGCAGAUACACAAGUUGACUUUGAGGAAAUCAAAAAAUUCCCUGGUCGGGGUUUGAUCAUAUGUGCAGCUGCGCCAUCUGAAUCUGGGUUUGAUUUUGUUAGUCGAUUCUUCUGCCCAAAAUUUGGCAUCGAUGAGGAUCCAGUUUGUGGUAGUGCACAUUGUGCUUUAGCAUACUAUUGGUCCAAGAAGACGGGGAAGUCUGAUUUUACUGCAUACGCGGCAUCAUCUCGGAGUGGGGUUGUGAAGCUGCACAUAGAUGAGCAGAAGAAUAGAGUUAAACUCAGGGGAAAUGCUGUUACUGUGAUGGAAGGCUCUGUUGUAGUGUAAACUUGAAGGUGUCUUUCAGUUAAACCGGAUUAUGAAUGAAUAAGCUAUUUGAUGGCACUUAGAAAUGUUUUAUUUUUUAAAGCAAUAAGAUUCAAGGGCUAAAAUUGAUAACUACAAUGGACUAAUUUUGAUAGCACAACUUUACACCAAAAGGAUACGCAUACCUUUUUAAUCAUACAACAACAUACAUACAUACAUACAUACAUUAUUCUUGCACACAUGCCCUCAGCCCCUCAUUAUUCAGUUACCCACUUUUCAUUAGUCAUACUUGUCAAAGUAAUCGGAUAAUAUAAAGAAUAACCUGAUAAUGACUAGAAUUCAAAAUGAUCUAGACUACCUCAUCCUUAAACAUAAAUGAAAGUAUAUACGAAAGUUAAAGCGACUCAAAUUGAAUUUAACACGAUAGUGAAAAUGAUCGGAUUUUAAAUGUAACUUAAACCGUAAUGAUUCAUGGGAAUAAGAUCCAUUACUAAACAAGAUUAGACCUUUGAAUUUAUAUGAUAAUACGAAGUAUGAUUCAAGCUAAAAUUGACUCAAUAUCAAACAUGACUAACCCAACAAUUUCUCCAUUUUAAUUGAUUGUCUUCUCUUCUCUCUUCUACUAUUUGAAACUGUUGGUAAGAUUAAAACAGUUUCUCAAGACUUUUGUUUUUAAAAACAGUUUCUCAAGAGUAAUAAAUUUGAUUUUGUAUUGUUUUCUCAGCCAACUAUUCAGGUGUUGAACGAGAUAAAAAGAAGCCAAAAUUCAUUCGAUUGUUAUUGUAGACUUUUCAUCAGUCUUUUAGUGAGCAUAU